AUGGUUGUCGCGACAAUCAAGUGCGUCGUCGUCGGCGACGGUGCGGUCGGAAAGACAUGUCUUCUCAUCAGCUACACCACGAACAAGUUCCCCUCAGAAUAUGUUCCUACCGUCUUCGACAACUACGCCGUGACCGUCAUGAUUGGAGACGAGCCCUAUACGCUUGGUCUUUUCGAUACUGCCGGACAGGAGGAUUAUGACCGUCUCCGACCCUUGUCCUACCCCCAGACAGACGUCUUCCUCGUCUGUUUCUCCGUCACCUCACCCGCUUCGUUCGAGAACGUCCGCGAGAAAUGGUUUCCCGAGGUGCACCACCACUGCCCCGGUGUGCCGUGUCUGAUUGUAGGCACACAGGUAGAUCUGCGGGAGGAUGCGUCAGUAAAAGACAAACUGUCCAAGCAGAGAAUGGCUCCUGUGAAGAAGGAAGACGGCGAGCGAAUGGCGCGCGAGCUUGGUGCUGUCAAGUAUGUCGAGUGCUCGGCGCUAACUCAGUUCAAGCUCAAAGAUGUCUUUGAUGAGGCAAUCGUCGCAGCACUCGAGCCACCGGCGACAAAGAAAGAAGGCGGAGAAAGAAAGAAGGGGAAGAAAUGCUGCAUACUUUGA